AUGGGCCUCUCACUUAUCAACAUCCUCAGCGACGUCAAGAACAGCAGCACAUCACCCCCGUUCCCUCCUCCAGAGACGAUUGUGAACUUUUCUUUUGAGUUCGCCGUUUUUGAAAAGAGGUUUCAUUGGAUGACAAUCACCUUGGACGAGGCCAGUGACAGUGUUUCUGCACUCGUUAGCGCAUUCAAACAAUACGACCACCGGCUCACGGAGGCACGCGCAUGGAUUCAACGUUCCGAGGUGGUUCUUCGAGAAAAAACGGAGAAUGUGGGACAGUCGAGGUCUCUAGAUGAGGAGGAUGCCAAGAAGCACCUAUUGGUGAUUCAGAACCUGGUUUCAGCGUUCAGUGAUGGGAAAAGACUGGUGGACGUCGUGGAAGGCGUAGCCUCGGAUCUAUUAACAUGUGCUGUGGAGACCAAUCGCUGGGUAGUGAAUAUUCGCCACGUACUCCAACUUUCGUCUACACGCUCCCACGACGUAAAUGCCGGAGCCAUUCUGCCGAACUUUCGUGUCACCCUUCUGGAGACCGGCGAGGAGCUUCGACAGGACCUCGGGAAGUACUUCGUCAGCCUCAGCACACUGAACGAGGAAGCUGAAGUGCGACUUGCUAAAUGCUCCACAUUCAGUGACAACUGCUCGCGGUUUGUCGAGUGGCUCACCACCUCGGAAUCCGAUUGGUGCAUUCCGCCGGUGGGUGAAGUUGACUCCGUGGCCUUAAGCAGCGACGAUGGGAACAAAUUUUUAUCGGAAAAGCAGGCCUUGGCGUCCAUUUACAGGCAACGACUUUUGGAUGUACGAGUUCACGAAACCGUCCUUCAGGAGUUGUUCGUGUCAGCGGGGAUCGAUUAUGAAAGUGACGUGAGUGCAGUCGAGGCGGAAGAUCGUGCGGACCUUAUUCGACUUCUUGACGUCAAACAGCGGUUCAAUUGGCUUCAUAGCUGCGCGGCUAACCGUGUCACUUUAAUGGAAGACGCAGUAAAAAAAGCCGAGGAGAUGGAAACCCGAAUCCAGGCGUUCCAGUCAGCCGUUCAAAACACACGCAGGCAGUUAACAAGCGUGGAGUGGGACGUUGUGGAGUUGUCCACCUGGGAACGCCUGAAGCCGUCUGCUUCGGAGCCUGUCGUGGAGGUAGUCGAAGAGGUCAUUCACCAGCUCUCCGGCAGUCUUCAAACGCUUACUCGACUUUCACAUGACCUUGAACAAGCCGUUGAAACGAUCGACGACAUUCCAACUUCGCCACGUCUCAACGAAGAUGCUAAAACAGCUCUACCCAACAAGUUGCGAACUCUUCGAGUUUACAUUGAGAAGUACAUUAAAUCGUCGAUUGCUUUUGCAAAUUCUUACCGGACGUUAGUUGACAGUCUUAGCAAAGUAGAUGCCCGCAUUUCAGAAAAGGAAUAUCUUUCUAAAUACACCUCUCUUGAUGUGUGCCGACUAAACAGUGAGGAAUGGACAUCGCUUCGAGAUGAGAUCCAAGAUGAGCUGUCGGUUUGUUUGCAGCUGGAGCAGGAUCUACGAGAUGAGAAAUUUGAGACCAAAUUUAGUGCUCUUCGGGGGAGAUUCGACGACUUCUUGGCUUCCCUAAGAGCCAUUGUCGCCACAUCUACGUCGCAGUGUUCGGCUACCCGAUUGUUCGAGGCUCAAAUCCUCAGGCUUACUGAAAUGCUCCAGGUCUGCACGAAGACUGUCACGAAUCUGCGUGACGACCUCGAUGCGCAGCUGAGGAAGGGCGAUCUUUACCACGACGUGCUGAAUUCGUGUCAAAGUCGACUUGACGAGAUCGAAGCAGACCUAGUUGGCACUCUGGACUCGGCGACCCUCCGUGGGGACAUGAAGAUCUGGCUUGCGGACACCCAAGACCUUGUCUGCAAGGUGACGGCAAUCGAGAGUCACCUCUGUGACUUCCAGACCAAGGAUCUGGAGAGCCUGGUGUUGGCGGCUCAGUCGAGUGAUGAAUUUCUGCCUCUGUCAACUCAAGCUCUCCAGGAUCGUUGGAGCGAACUGGUUACACGAGCAAUUAAUGCACGCGCAGCUGCCGAAUCGUCCCUCAGCGUAAUCCAAGAUGCUACCGAGGCGUUCAAGGACAUGAUUAGUUGGAUCGGGGAGGCUCAAGAACGUUUGAAUUCGAUUUGCGUCAAAUCAAUUGAGUCUCCUGGUAGCUUCGACGUUGAAAUUAAUGAACCGGGAUUUUUAAUCGACAGCUGGAGUGGAUUUGUCGAGACAAGGUCGUCACGACUGUCCAAACUCACGAAGCUCCACGAAGAAGCCGUGUCGCGACGAGCAGCAAUCCUUUCGACUACGGAAGGAUUAGGCAAACUGAAGGGUCCAUCUCCACCGAGAGCCGAUCCAUCGGCUAUUCGUGCCAUGGAGCUGGAAUUGGCUGACGCUUAUGCCGAUUUGAUGGAGCGCUGUCAGACAGUGCUCAGUGGCGAACAGGAGGUCCUCAAAGGAACUCAAGCCGCUCUCGAAGACGCCACUUCCGCUCUGAACGCCGUGGAGAGUCUUUCGGAUCGGGCGAACAGCCUAAUUUUUGGUGACGAAGUUGGCGCGUCUCUGGAAUGGAGACAGGUCUGUUUCAGGGACUUCCUGUCCAUUGAAAUGUCCACGGUUCGAGAGUUAGUGGAUCGAUCGACAAAAUGGGUCGUCACGCUGCCCGAAGUUGAUAGCCGCUUCGCAGAGGCGAUUUCGACGAAGAUGUUGAGCGAAUUGGCGAGGAUUGAGGAGAGAGUGGUUGGACGCGUGGACGCUAUGGAACAGUUUUCGCGACAUCUGAAGGAAGUUACUGAACAUAUCACUACUGAAGAGACCUGGCUUCGUGAAUUUACUCCCAACAGGGAUUUCUCCUUCAAGAAAGGGCCCAACACUCUGGCGGAAAAACGUGAUUUGGCACGCCACCUUGAGGUAGGUCUUUUCUGCUUAUUCUGCCUUGGUGAAUGCGCAUUUGUCCUCCCACCAGAACUCACUUCUCGCCUCCAGAACCUGCGUCAAAGUCUAGUACUUCAACGUCAAACGGUCACCAACCAAAGGCAGCGUUGGAUUCAAGCAGGAGACCAGCACGCAGCCUUCGUGGCGAACCUUUACUCCGCCUGUGACCACGCAAAUUUGCUUGCAAUCGAAGUCCAGAAGUACUGGGUCACCUUCCAGGACGUCUGCAAGGACAAAUCUUCUAGUCUGGAUAUGAUUUCAUGGACUAAAGAAGCUGUUCUACAGCGUGAUGAACUAGUCAAACUGUCGGAGACGGUAAAACAGCUUAACCACCAAUUUCCUAGUGUUCGCGCGACAACAGGUUGUGAUAGACAAAGUCGGCUAGACGCCGAGCUGGACGCAUUGCGCAGGUUCUUGGAUGGCUUUGCAGAGGCAACGGACCGACGCUGGUCAUUACUUGAUGCCCUUCAACUCCAAGUUGGUGAAUUUAACCGAGCUGUCCAGCGAUUUUCACGUAAUUUUGAGAGCUUUACUGCAGACUUUAUCCAAGUGCUGUGCUCGUCGGUUGAACCAUCAAGCUCAACACUAUGGAAGUUGCUUCAGGAAGCUGGAAUCAGUCUCUCCUCGGAUUACGAUAGUCUUCAGAAAGCGACGCGUGCCUUAGAGGCUCUGGUGAAUCAGGCCCGCUCUGACAACACGGUGGUACCGACAGUGGAGAAGGUGGAAGAUGCGGAGGUUGACGAUGAAAUUCAGUGGAAUGCGAAAGGAAUUCGACAAACAGUGGACCCUCCUGAGGAUAGAACUCUGGACUUGCUCAAGACAAUCGACGAAAUGGCUGAAAAUCAAACAUCACUGAUAGGUUCCAUAACGAACCUUCACGAAGCAGCCCAACGGCUAUCCGAUGCGCGGAGGCAUCACAGCCAAUCACGCAAGGCCUGUAAAGAGUGGAUCUCAGAGGCUUCGAAGCGGUUGGCCACGUGCAAAGGAACCACAGUCGACCAUGUGUCUCCUCACUUCGUAUCUCUGGAGCAAAAGAUCGGCCAUCUUCGAAUCCGUCACCAGAAUAUCGAGGUACAGAUGAGUGUUGUAUUUCGUGCAUCACUAGCAGAGGCGCACGUUGGGAAUCAGACGAAAUUCGACGCUAACGAGACGAACGAGGCCAACCUUGUUGCCUGCCACGCGUGUCUUUUGCAAGCUCUGAACGAGGAAUGUGCGCGUCGCAAGAUAACUGCGACUUUUCCUUCGCCUAACGAUUGUCUAGACGCCGCCACUUUAAAAAGCGACUGGCGUGGCCUUCUGGAGGAUAUCCAGCACCUUAAAAAGUCGAUAGCUAAUCGAAUAUCGGAAUGCGAGGAGGCGUCCAAUGCAGUGGUUUGGAUGUCGGAUUGGAUAAGGGGUCUGGAACGGAGGAUAGCAGACAGCGAGGUGACCUCAUUCGACAGCUUCCAGCUCCCGUCAUUCCGACGAAGCCAUAAUCUACGGCCCUAUGUACAAGAACUUCAAACUCUUCAGAUGCUUGCGAAGUGCCAACAAGAAGUUUUACAGUUUUGGCAGCAAAUAUUUGCCAAAGCACCUGACAUUGCCUUUUUUCCUGAUCUCCAGGCUAUGUAUGCCGAAAUCGAGGUCCGACGAUCCGAAUUCGAUCAAUUUGCGGGAAAAGUUGUCGUUGUUCAAUCAGACUCCGACCCAGUUACGCAAAAUUUUCGCCUCCGUCUUGAGGCUGCAACCAAAACUGUUCAGGACUGUCUCCAGCAGAACACAUCUGGUGCCGAUUUGCUCAACCAAGUUUGCACAGACCUCGUGGCGUAUAAUGACUGGGUCAGUGAGGUUCAGCAACUAGCUGCCUCGAAUAACGUCUCCAUGCCGACGCUGCUAGGCCUUGAGUCCAGGCCGGGUGUGCGCAAGGGUCAAGACCGAGUCUGCGCCCUCUCCGCCUCUAUCGAUCAGUUGGCCGUGGGGUGUCGCUCGGCUAUGGACAACAUCUGCCCCCUCGGCACGGCCUGCUCGUUUUCCUCCGAAAUCCUCUCUGAUCUCACUGGAGCUUGGAAGCUUGUUAGCGACCAGCUUCCACUGGUUCGACAAAAGAGCCAAAACGAGGCCAGUGCUUUGGCAGAUUUCAGGAGUGACUUCGGGGAAGUGAAGGCAUGGCUGGUCGAAUCUCAGGCGGCACUGCAAAUCAUUCGAACCGACCUACAGCUUAAUUACAGCCGAGGCGUCGAAAGCUACUCGAAGGAGUUGAGUAAGCAGGUAUCUCCGUCGCCUUCGGUGGAAGCUGCGACCGAGUGUGUGACCUUGUACCUUUCAAAGAAGGAAAAGUUGGCUUCGGAGACGGCUGCAAUGGUGAAUCGUGUUAGCAUGAAGAAUCGUGAUUUUGACGGACUCCUCGAAAAACUUCGAAAACUUCGCUUCUUGAACAUCGAGACCACGCAACAAUUUGCCGUAGACGUCGAUGAUCUUAUCAACCAGUACUCGGAGUUGCGUACACAAGCUAAACAGGCGUCUGAACAAUCAAACGACGUCCUGUCGUGUCACCUGAACUUCCUGUCCACCUCGAAGACCUUUCGAAUUUGGCGCGAAGAGCUCAGCCAAUCGUUGCUUAGCGUUUCAGAUUUUUCAGGCGAUCGAUACACGCUCUUGGCAAGAUUUGAUUGGUUCAACCACAUCGAAACUCUCCGCCAGAAGGGAGACGCGAAGUCGACCGAUCUAAAAGAUGUCUGUCUUCGCUGUUUGGCGACGUCACCUUCCGAGGUCUUGCCGGCUCUGCUGGCGAUUUCAACUCACCACCUGAAGGAAUUCCAGAGCCUCUACGAUGAAGCCGUUGGUGUCCACCGUCGUUUUUCAUCCAUCCUCGCAGCUUUGGAACAACUUGAUUCCAAGGCGACUGAAGUGGAUAGGUGUCUUCUUCGCUUUCAGGACCACCUUGCAAAGUAUGAGACGCCAUUUUCAGAAAACCUACAGACCCUUCACAGCACCGUGGAUGUUCUUUCACAAGCACUCGAUGCUCUCAACGGAGCAGCUAAUGAGAGUGCGACAGAUCCAGGGCUCUGUUCGGAAGCUUCAGCUUUGAGAAAGAAGUUUGCUGAACUUUCGAAGCAGCAUACGAAUCUCAAAUCCAUCCUUGAAGACAUUCCAGUUGAAGAAGAUCCCAGCGCAGUUUCAACAGUCGCUCAGCGGGAGAAGAGUCUUGACGACCUCGCCACAACCAUAGAGAGAAUGCGUUCAGCCUGGCAGAAGGCGUCAAGUUUGUAUAGCGCGUUCUCCAACGAGAGCCAGGUGCUAGGCAGGGUAGCCGAAGAGUUUGCUUCGCGUGUGGAAGCCUUUGUGAAAGAGGAGGCCACAUCUACCACAGUUGUUAGUGUGAGCGAGUUGAUGAGCAGGUGUGGUCAGUGGAUGGAUGAACAUGACACCUUUCCACAAGAAUUAAAGCGGGUGAAGAGUAAACUGGCUUUGUUGACACCCUGCACGACCAACGCGACCCUUCUCGAUCUACAAAGUGAGCUCACGCGCUAUUGGACCCAAUAUGUUGCCGCUCAGCAAUUGGGCAGGUCUUUGGUUAGGCGUCUGGAGGAACGAAUCGACACAGAUGCAAGAUUGAAGGCUGAUCUGGCCAAUUGCGAUUCAGCACUAUCUGAAGCCGAAAAUGAGCUCCAGCGAUUGGCUACCUCUGAUCUCUUUUUAUUGGAGCUUCCCUUGCCAAAGCCGCUCAUGCUUGCUACUACACCAGUGUCUGAAUUGAGUUUCAAUUUCGCGAAAUUUUCAACCGUGGUUGGUGAUUUUGUGAGCACACAAGGGCAGUCAGUUAGUAAACAAAACGAACUCCUGUCCGACUUUUUGGCAAAGCUCGCUAGCCGAGAGAAAGAGAUCGACGAUCUGAUGAACCAACCUCUUCUCGAAGACAACGCCUUCGAGAUUACAAAAGCCACUGUGGGAAGCCGUUUAAAACGCCUUGUUGAACAGGCGAGACAAUCACGAGAAGAAGGAAAUGCCACUGAGGCUCUUAGUGUUGAUGUCAAAACGACGAUAACAAAGACAGUCGACGAACUGGCUUCGACGAUAGAGGGCUUCGUUCGUGCAGAGGCCGACUCUCGACAGAUCUCGGAUGACAUGGAGACGAAGUUGGAGAACAUUCGCGAGAAGCUAGGAUUCGUUUCAAAGCAACUGAACAAAGACGCACCACUUCUAACCCAGAUCAGGUCAGCUUAUCAAAGGCUUCCAGUGACCAAACAGAAAUGGAAGAUUCACGCUAAUAUGCUUAACCUGUUAGCUGAUGAAGUUGACGGUCUUCGUGGACGAGUGGACGACUUGAACGCCACAAUUGGCGCAGAGAUCAAAGAGCUGACACGAAUUACCAGUCUCCAGAUACAGUUAUCGGAUCUUCAUUCAGCGCACGUCGCAAAGCUGGAGGGAAUUUUAGUCAGUUUGAACCAACCACUGUCAAGCCUCGAGGCUACCUCUGAGGAGGAUCUGAUGUCUCAAUUUAGUGCACUCGCUGCCUCCGUAAAGGCCUCCAACGAGGAUCUGCAGUCCUCCACCACUGAGUACAACCGUAAAUGCAACAUUGUCUUGUCGAAUCUGGCGGAUGCGGUGGUGAAUUACUCUUCCCACCGUCGUCAGCCUGUUGGAAUGCUGGUCACUCGAAUAGGCCACCUGCGGGUCACCUUCGAGGAGACAGAACGACAGGCAGAAAAGUUGGCAAGGGACCUUGCUGAGGAGCUGGAAAGGUGGGAGGAGUUUCUCUCAAGGCUGCGAAGACUUCGUCAGUGGAUACGUGCGCGCGAAUCUGAUUUCCAGGUGUUCUCCACGGCGACUUCCGUGGUUGAACGCAUGAAUGGCUUGCGGAGUCUUGAAGAGACCAUGGCAAAGACGGGCAGACCGAUGCUCGACGAGGCUUCAGCCUCAGGUCGCACUCUUGUGUCCCUUCGGCCGAAACUAACCAUCGUUGGUACCGCAACCACUGCCAUUUCCGACCGUUACGAAGCAUUGGUGAAAGCCAUUUCUGAGGUGCAGAGCCAAAUAAAAGGCACAGUUGUGAAAGAAGAGGAAGUGAAGCGAGAUGGCCAGUCCUGCGCUGGCAUGCUAGACCAUAGAGAAGAGCAAUUAAAGGAGCUGUGUAGGCUGCCAAUUAUUGUGUCUGCGGCAUCUUCAGCCGUGUCAGGAAUCAAAGAACGUCUCCAGAAAUUGGGUGAAUUUCUGGACGACCUCGAAGACCUCAAGUCCACGCACCUUCGUCCACUCGAUGAACGUGUUCAACAGAUGCGAACUCAACUCGACGCGUGCAGUUUCGAUCAAUCUGAAAUCAGCAGUGUGGUAUUGACGACCUCGGGUUUGUGGGAACAGUUUUCUCGCCUCUGUGAAAAUGCGUCUUCAGCCAUCGUGGAAUUGAACACCUUCCUCAAAGCUUGUAAUUCCUUUUACAAAGUUGCCGAGGAUGCAAAAUCGUGGCUUGAUUGCCAAAAGGAGGCUUAUGUUGUGUUGGAUCAAGAAGUAUCUGAUAUAGAUUGUAACGAUAUACGAGAAUUGACCGACCGACUGGCAAAACGGGCAAACGACAUGCACAAAUUCUGUAUGGACUUGCAUUCCAAUGGAGAAAAUUAUCUGACUAAGUGUACUUCUGAAUGUUCUCGUCUUAUUAACGCCGCUCGGUCAGUUAGCAAGUUCCUCGUGCAGAACAACUCGUCCCAGGUUCUUAAUCAGGAAAACCUCAUAUCGGCAUUACAGUCACGCUACCAAUCACUUAGUGAGCGAUCUGCUAAACGGAAGGAUGAGAUAUCGGCUCUCCUGUUUGCUCUUACGGCUUACGACGAGUUGUUCACCAGUCUCCAGUCGUGGCUCAUGUCAGUUGGGAACGAGGAGGCGUUGGAGGGCGCUGAUGAUGUGGCAAAGGAGAUGGCUCUCUGGUCGACGCCUCCCAGCUACCUGACAAUCAGGUCAAGCAACCUUCUUUUUCAACUCACCCAGGCUCAUGAACGCGUCGGCCAGAUUGGUGAAAAACAGGCCCUCCUUGAUGCUCUGUUGUGGCGCUCCAAUCGCCUGUUGGAGGAGCACGGGUCUUCCGGAAUAACUCGAUUCGCUGCCCAUCGAGCAGGUGCAUUGUCGCGCCAAUUCGUGGAGCUUGCUACGCGUGUUAAGCACCAAAUCGAACAGAAGUCGAUGUGCCUCAGAGGCAUCGAAAAACUCCAGGAGGCCAGAGAUUGUUAUUCUGCCUGGGAAAAGGGCAUUCGAGCGGACCUCGCACAAGCUCGUCAUGAAAACACAGCUGACAAAGUGCUGGCAGCCACAAAACGAAUCACCGAGUCUGUGGAUAUGGGUGAUGUGCUCUUAGACACCUGUCGUCGAUGGGCUCUAAGUGUCCAGUCAGAUGCCUUAGGCUCCCCCGCCGUGGAACCAUCUCUGGUCCAAGAUCUCAUGACCAGUUACGCGGCUCUGAAGAGCCUCCUAUUCCAAGAAGUGCAAAAGGCAGAAAGACAACUAACACAGUACCAAUCUAAGCAGCUUCAAAUAGCAUCACUGUCUUCCUGGCUCGACGGCGCUGAAGCUAGUCUUCAGGAGGUCAUCACCUCAAUAUUUUCCCCGCCUCCUCCAGCUAGAAUGAGUGGUGGUAAUUCCUUCCUGUCUAUUGUGAUCUUCUGCGAGCAAACUGCCACGAAGGCGUUGUCAGAGCUGUGCGCCCUGCAAUCGGAGUGUUCCAGCAGAGAUCCUGUUGAUGAAGAUGCGCAACUCAUCUCGCGUUUCCACGCAUUCAAGGUUAAACUGGCUCAGUGCACUAAGGAGGUAGAGGAACGCGUCAAAGAACUAAGCGCCUACCGAGAAUCAAGCGAGCUGGUUGCGCUUCGACAACAGCUAACUCUUGAACGGUACAUUCAAGCCACUGGAGAAAACUGUCCGACUCCAGAGACAACCUCACAACUCCAGGACCCUCCCACGACUAUUCUCGAUGCCCUUCUCUCACCAUACGAUGCACAGCGUCGUCUGACGGUGCUCCAAGAUGUCUAUGACGAAGUGAUGAUUGAGGGUCGACAACUGUUUGAGACGAUGAUUGAGUCUGCCGAUCGACUGGUCUCAAGUAGCAGCUGGAGGCAAGAGGAUGUCUUCCUUGUGGAGGUUGUCAACGAUCGUUGCGAGACACUCAGGGGCGAGCAGAUGAGGCUGGAGGGACUGACAAGGAAAUCGAUUGAGCUACUGGAGGGCGUUCUGGAGAUGUGGAGGGCGAUUGUGAAGUCAGAAGAGGCCCUAAGCGAGUGGUUGACAGGCAUGGAGCAGGCGGCAUCGCGACCCAAACAAGACCCGGAGACAUCCUUAGCCGAGAAGAGACAGGCUCUAGAGGAAAUGCAGACCCUUCAAAGUGGUCUUAGCCAUAAGGCCGCGGCAAUCGAACACCUCUUGUGCGAAGCCGAGCGUCUCAACCAACAAGUUCCACAGCUUCAGGUAGCCAAGAGAGCCAGACAGCUGUCAAGCCGAUAUCGCGCUUUAGUGGACUUCGUCCAAGUAAGUACACUUUUCUUCCACACCAACGACUUGCAUCUGGAGGUGCGAAUCACUUGUCUUGAGGAACUUUUGCCAACGUCGUGUGCAGCUAUUAAAUUAUGCUCACUGGACUGUAUUUACGCCAAGAUUGUGGACUACACAUCACUUGUCGAAGAAUUUCGCGCUGAACAAACUCCUGCCAGCCAUGUGGAGUUGACUGCGAAGCAGUCUCUUUUGAAGUCAACUCUCAAUAAUAUAACAACAUUGCGAGACUCGUCAGAACUUCGAGACCUGCUGGGCAAUGUUGAACGGAUGAAGACGCACGUUUCGGCAGACGUGGCCGAACGCUACACUCGACGCACUACCGAAAUUGGCGUCUUCGUGGAAGACUCCACGCGUCAUCUGGAGAAAGUUCAGUGCUCGAUCACCUCGAAGCUCGAGGUGUGGGAGAAGUGGUCUUCUCUUGUGACGAAGCUGCAGGACGAGGUGGAACAAGCAAGCUUCGCUCUCAAGCAAGCUAUUGCCGAUUGCAAGAUCUCUGCCACAACCAAUCCCGUUGAAGAACUCAAGGGAAGGAAAGAGGCGCUUGAGAAGAUGCGGGAAUUGCACGCCGUCCUAGCAUCGAAGAAGCCCGAAUUCAACGAGAUUCGACGGAUGGUGCAAGCCAAAGACGCAGAGAUUCUCGACGCCCUGCUUUACCGCCAAUCAAAUGACUUGAUUUCUCGUUUCAAGGCUUUGACUGCGGACGUUCAGACACGCAAGACUCGACUCAAGCGGUCAUGGGAGGGCCUGUUCGCCCUGUCGAACAAGGUCAACGACGCAGACCAGUGGCUUCUGACGGCGUCUGUGAAGAUGGCUGCGCUGAAUAGCGCCUACGCCGACGGACCAAAGGCGAUUGCCUUCCUUGUUCAAAACUGCGACAAUCUUGUCACCGAGAUCUCGCACUUUUUGACCGAUCGUCUGGAGCAAGUAAUCGUGGAGGUGCGCAGUAGCGAGAACUCCAAGAGAAAAAAGAAGAAGAAGAUCACGACGAAGAGGAAGACAUCCACCCGUCUCAGCACAACCAGUGUCCUUCUUAGCCAGCUAGAGACCAUGAAGGAUGAGGCAGAGGGCCUGAUUCAAGUAACUGGUGUCAUCAAGGAAAACCUGCUUGCAAAGGCGUGCAACUGGGAUGAACUGCUGGUGAUUCUUGAAAACGGCGAAGCCUUCGUAGAGCUGCAGCUGCCGAGAUGGUGGAACUCUGUCAUCAGGCCAACGGAGGGCGAACAAGCCACCGCAACAUCGCCACUGCGUCUACAGAUCGACCAACAGCCCGAAGCACUUUCCACCGAGGUUUUACGCAUGAUUAAGGACAUUGAGGUUUUUGGCGUGUGCACGAAUGCGACUGACGAAUUCUUGUGCACGCAGGAACGCCGUUUCCAGCUCGAGAGUUUGAGUGCUCGGCUGUCGACGCCGUGGAGUCCAGUGACGGCACCGCCUGUUGUCCGCAGACGCCUUCAACGCAUCGAUUUGGACGACAACGAGAUCAGUUCCACCGCGUCGCUUGGUGACGGUGGCGUUCAGACAAGUGGGAGCAAGAUGAGGACGCGUGCCGAGAAACUUCUUGGACGCUUAGACGACGAGGUGCAAAAGGUUAGACACACGGUAAUAUUACUGACCAAUCACAUUGCUAUUUUCUUCCUGACCUUCCAGAUGAAAAAAUUGAGCGACCAGCUGAACACGUUGAAGUCACUUCGUGAUCAGCGGGCGUUGUGCGAAAGCGAGGUCGCCGAUUGGCUUAAUUUAAAGGAAUCAGAGGUUAAUAGCCUGAUAUCCAAAAGGGGUACAGGUGAACCAGAUCUCGGCACGACGUCCUUAAAGAACCUCCGCGACGAACUUCUAGCGAAGCGAGUGGUGAUAGACGAGCUAGCCUCGUGGCAACACGGGCUUUUGCACUCGCCGGACGCAGAAGGCAAUACUAUCGGUGAACUCACUGACCACCUAGAUACUCUCGUCCAUCGAAUCGAAAAGCGCAUCAAACUGCACCGAGAGGUUGAGCACCAGGCUCUCGAAGCCUCGCAGUUGAAGUCCGAGGUGCAGGAGGACCUACAGAAAACGAUUCAACGGAUCUCGAUGGGUGAGUCAUCGCGCAGGAUCCGAGGUCUGCAAACUGUGACUAACCUACGGACAGCCCAAAGUUCUCCCAUGACCCCACAACGAGGUCGUUCGCCGCUGACCGUGCAACUUCCACCCAGUCCGGUCACGGGCUCUCUUGAAUGGCUCUGGUAUUCACCGUCCAGUUUGCUUGAACAACCCGCGGACCCAGCUAACCCCACCCACCCACCACUUCAACAACAAGACAUGUCCCCGAGUCCCCCUCGAAUUCCCCUCCGACCGCGCCGUUCAUGUGGCCAAGGUCGAGUGGGUCGAUCAACCCCCCUGAUCAACAUCCAACGCCGUUGUCGCUUUGGCGGUGGUGACGACGGCGGAGGUGGUGGUGGUGGCAGUGGCUUUUCUUCUCCCCAAAGUUGUGCACUCGAUCGAUUCACUGAUCUACGGGUUGAUGCAACACCUCCACCCUCUGUUUCACCCCCUCCAACGCCCCUGUUGCUAGGUCGGUCGAUGUCGCCGUACCUAAUCGGAAGACGAUGGAGACGUGGGAGCUUUCAAGCCUCUCCCAACGCCGUCGCCAGUACCAGCGGGCUUCCACAGUUGACCAAGAAGUUCUCCACCUCCUGCACCGAUCUACUGCCGAGUCGACAAGCACUGCCACCUCCUUCAGGCAUCCGCGCCUUCUAUCUUCAAGGACUUGGAGAGUGUUCGUCCAAUCUAAAGGCCUACUGGGUUUGUGUGCGCUUGGACUUGGAGCGGCGUUGCUCCUGCGCUGUGCCUUUAAACACUUUCUCUGUGGACGCUCUUUUGGCGUUCAUCUGGAUCUUGCUGCAGGAGGUCUAG